UGGUCCAAAAAGACUUCGUCUCUUCCUGUUGGUCGUCACGUGGUGGAUUCCCAUGGCUUCCUGUCAAUCAAACAAGUCACAGCACUCGAUCAAGGAAUGUACACGUGUACAGCUAGAAGUGCGCUUGGUGUUGCCAUGGCAUCCAGUCAUCUAACUGUCCAAGUUCCUCCAGUAUUUAGUACAAAGCCAAAGUCUGUCAUCGCUGAAGAAAACUUUGAUGUCACAUUACAUUGUGGUGCAUCGGGCCUCCCUCGUCCAACCAUAUCAUGGACCAGGAGCAUUGGAGACCUUCCUAAAACAAGAGCCAAAGUUUUAUCAAACAAUAGCUUGGUGAUACAGGACAUUAAGAAAGAAGAUGGUGCAAGUUAUUUCUGCAAAGCUGAGAAUCUACUGGGAAGAGUAACUACGCAUGCGCAGAUAACUGUCUUGCCUUCCCUUAAAUUUACCGUAAGACCAUCACUACAAUCUACGCAAUUUAUAGGAAUGAAAGCUGUGCUACACUGUCAGGCCUCCGAUGCAUUCCAUCUUGAGUGGCUUAAAGACAACAAGCCAUUAGGUGGUUCUGUCAUUGUCCAUUCCAAUGGAACUCUCGUUAUCACUAAAGCAAGUACUCAAAAUAAUGGUAAUUAUGUAUGCAUCGCUAGAAACUUCCAUCGAUCCAUUAGAACUAAAACUCAAUUGCUGGUCAGGAAUCCCAAGUCUUGUAGUGAGAUUAAGAAGAAACUACCGAGUAAACCAUCUGGUAAUUACGUCAUAGAUCCCGAUGGCCAAUCAGGACAGUCUCCAUUCACCGUGUAUUGUGACAUGACUGACAAGGGAGGGGUCGGGGUGACUGUUGUCAGUCAUGAUAGCGAGGCUAGGACUCUCGUAGAUGGUUAUGCACAGUCACCUGGUUCAUAUAGUAAAGAUGUUCGUUACAAUGGUGCAUCGAUGGCUCAGUUGGCAAAACUGACUCAAAUAUCAACAAACUGUGAACAG